CAGUCCCCUUUUAUUCAUUUCUGUGUAUGGGCUUAGAGGGCGAACAUGGACUCUUUGGGUCUUUUCAUCCUUCUAAUACUUGUGUUUUUUCACUGGACAGCUGCUUCUUCUCCUGAGGAAAUCACCUGGUCCUACACUGGCCUGAUCGGUCAGUCUGAGUGGUCGGAGCAUUUUCCUGACUGUGGCGGUCCCUCACAGUCACCGGUUGAUGUAAUAACUACUCAAACUAAAUAUGACCCCAGUUUGAUUCCAGUUACACCGCUGGGCUACAGUCAGCAUGGCAACAUGCCCUUCACCCUCCACAAUAAUGGACACACAGUUUUAAUUGAGCUGCCAGAGUGGAUGGGAGUGGAGGGGCUGCCAUGGCUCUUUACAGCCACCCAGCUGCACCUUCACUGGGGUAACGGUGGCCCGGGUUACGGAGGCAGUGAACACACCAUCAAUGGCCUGAGUGCAGAUGCAGAGCUACAUGUGGUGCACUACAACUCUGAGCUCUACGCCAACAUGUCUGCAGCGAUGACUCAGAGAUACGGCUUGGCUGUUUUAGGAAUUCUUAUUGUGGUUGGUGAGGAGACAAACCCAGCAUUUAACCACAUCCUCAACUACCUGAGUCGCAUCAGACAUUCUGACCAGAAAGUGUUCAUCCCAGCCUUUGAUGUCCAGGCUCUGCUCCCCAAGGAUCUGGGGCGCUACUAUCGAUACAACGGCUCCUUGACAACACCCCCCUGCUACCAGAGCGUUAUCUGGACAGUGUUUCAUGAACGGGUUCAAAUCUCAAAGGCACAGCUGCUGAAGUUAGAGACAAUACUUUACUCUAGUAAAGCUGAAGAACCAGAUAGGAUGCUGCUGCAGGACAACUACCGCGUGACGCAGCGACUCAACCACAGGAUCGUCUUCUGUUCCUUCACUGCAGAAGCGGGCAAGGAGCUCACCUCUGGUGAAGUGACAGCUAUAGUGAUAGGAGUGAUGUGUGGCUGUGUAGGUCUGGCAGUAAUUGUUCGCUUCAUCGUGAAGACCAUACGAUUUUUCAAACUCCUCCAUGUUGAAACAGCUGUGGUAAACAGUUCAACCUCUAGCUGGGACGUCCUGCACAAUAACCGGCCUGCUCCCAUGCCAAGGACUAAGGAGCCAGAGAAAGAAAAAGAGAAGAAACAAACCAUGGCUCUGAAGGCAACCUCUGAUCUUGAGAGGAAAGACGAGCCCUCGUUGUCCUGCAAGACAGAGCCGUAGCUGGCUGCAUGGCCAACUCAGGCCAGACACUAAUGAAAAUGAUGCUUUCAUGGAUAUAUGUCCCCUCGGGAGACAGAGUGCAAGCAUGUUUUCACAUUAUCCAUCACAAAGGGCAAUAAGAAACAGGAAACAAAUCAUCUUAAUUGAGCGAGGGUGUAACUUAGACACAUUUCAAACCAUCUGCUGUGUGGUUCAUUUGUGUCAAAAGUUUAUUUUCAACCUUAUUCAGAGCUGUUGCCAUUCGUGGUAUUUCACAGUGUUCAGUUUGCAUGUGAACCACUUGGUGUGAAUCUGACAUGCUGCUGGUUUAUGUGAAGGCAUGGCUCCUGCUUGCCUCAGAUAUAUGAAGGAUUCAUGUAAAUAUUUAUUGGGAUAUAAAUGUUAUUUUUCCUUCACUUUGUUUCUUGAAACACAAGCACACAGCACUACAUGAAAUGUAACAUGUUUACUGGGGAAUUACUUAGCAUAAUGAUUUUUUUUCUAUUUUUUGCUGAUAAGAUUGAAAGAAAACAGACCAUUUGCCAUGAAAGCCUGUUAGCGGUGAAGUAUGUCUGAUUUGUACAUAUUUGCGCUGUCCAGAGAUUAUGGAUCUGAAAUUAAAUCAGCAUGUUAUGUUGUAAUUAAUGAGUUGUAUUUAUGUACAUGCCUUUAUUCUGUUGAAAUGAUACGUUUAGGUGCUGCAUAUUCUAAUCUGACGUUUUCUUUUUUAUUUAGUCUAACUUGUCAACAAAGGCACCACAUUAAAACACAUGAAAGUCA